AUGGUCGAGCCGGAGCAACCUCAAGGCCGUAUCGCCGCAGACGAAGAUGUCAAUUCGGCGAUUGAUAUGCCGAUCGAGUCAACGGCAUCGUUGCGGUCUAGUAUUUUGAAAUACCAUGAAGAGAACGGGCGAACGUACCAUGCCCUGAGCUCGGGACCGACUGACAUCUUGAAGGGCGAACAAGAGCGGCUUGACAUCGUGCACCACAUCCUCCUCCUCACCUUUGAUGGGAAACUCUGCCUCAGCCCCAAGAACGAGAACGCGAAAAGUGUUCUGGAUAUGGGUACUGGAACCGGCGCAUGGGCCAUAGAUUUCGCGGAUGCACAUCCAGAAGCCCGCGUCAUUGGCGUCGAUUUAAGUCCUAUUCAGCCAACAUUCACCCCACCGAACUGCGCGUUCGAGGUCGACGACCUGGAAAAGGAAUGGACCUGGGGCCCUGGGCGGUUCGACUUGAUCUUUUGCCGCAGCUUAGCUGGAUCGUUUGCUAGCUGGCCGAAGAUCAUGCAGAAAGCAUUCAACCAUCUUGAACCAGGAGGCUAUUUCGAGAUUCACGACAAUCUCUUCCCCGUCCUAUGCGACGACGGAACCCUUCCCGUGGACUCCGCGCUUGUUAGAUGGUGUAACCUCAUGGUCGAAGGAGCCGCGAAACUGGGGCGCAGUCUUAAUGAAGCUCCCAAAUAUGCCGGCUGGCUUUCCGAAGCAGGUUUCGAAAACGUCACGACAAAGCUCUACAAGUGGCCCAUCAACCGCUGGCCCAAAGAUCCGAAAUUCAAGGAGCUCGGUGCCUGGACGUUGACGGCCAUGGACGGCGGGCUGGAAGGCCUUUGCUUGGCGGUCUUUACGCGGGCCCUGGGAUGGAUGCAGGAUGAGACCUUGGCGUUCUGCUCGGCGGUACGCCAGGAUUUGCGGAAUCCGAAGUACCAUGGUUAUUGGCAAAUUUACGUGACAUAUGGGAAAAAGCCCGAGACCGAGGCUAGUUAA